AUGAUCAACGUAGGUAUCGUCGGCAUCGGUUUCAUGGGCAUGAUCCACUACCUGGCCUACGAAAAGGUGCGGGGAGCAAAAGUCACGGCCAUCUGCACCCGCGACCCGAAGAAACGCUCCGGCGACUGGCGUGGCAUUCAAGGCAACUUCGGCCCCCCGGGCACGAAGAUGAACCUCAAGGGCGUUCAGUCCUACGAAACGCUUGAAGAGAUGCUGGCCAACCCCGAGAUCGACCUGAUCGAUAUCUGCCUUCCCCCGUCGAUGCACGAAGCGGCCACCCUCGCCGCCCUCGAUGCCGGCAAACACGUGGUGUGCGAGAAGCCCAUCACGCUGACCACCGCCGCCGCCACACGCAUGGUGAAGAAGGCCAACAACAAGGGACGCAAACUCUGCAUCGCACACGUGCUGCCGUACUUCCCCGAGUACGAAGUCGCUCGCAAGGCCAUCGUUGCCGGCAAGUACGGUCGCAUGCUCGGCGGGCACUUCAAACGCGUGAUCUCCGACCCCCAGUGGAUCAAAGACUUCUACAACCCCGACACCGUCGGUGGACCGGUGGUCGACCUCAACAUUCACGACGCCCACUUCGUCCGCAUGCUUUGCGGCAUGCCCCAGUCGGUCUUCGCCCAAGGCCGGAUGCACGACGACGUGGUCGAGUACAUGGAGUCGCAAUGGAUCUAUCCCGAAGGCGGCCCCACGGUGGCCAUGUCCUGCGGGGUGAUCAAACAGCAGGGACGCGGCUUCACGCACGGCUUCGAGAUCCAUCUCGAGAAGGCCACGCUACUGUUCAACCUGGCCGUUCUCAGCGACGGCACGGUGGAGAGCACUCCGCUCACCGUGCUCAACGCUGCAGGCAAAGUCCAACGGCCCAAGCUCCCCGACGGCGAUCCCAUCGCCGGGUUUGUCUCCGAACUGAAAGAAGUCUGCCGCUCAAUCACCACCGGUGAAGAUUCCGAAAUCCUCGGCGGCGAACUCGCCCGCGACGCCCUAAUCCUCUGCCACAAGCAAAGCCAAUCAGUCGCCAGCGGACGCAUCGUCAAAGUGUGCUUGGGCCCACAGGUCAAGGAAGACUGUGCCAUGUCUGCUACCGCCGCUACGCGACUCGACGACUUCAGCCCGUUCGAACAAAUCCGCUACGCGCGGGAGAUCAUCCGCAUCGAGGCCGAAGCCCUCACCCAAUUGGGCAGCCGCUUGGGCAACGAGUUCGUCGGGGCCGUCGAUCUACUACACGACUGCCGCGGCAGUGUGAUCGUCUCCGGCAUCGGCAAGGCCGGACUCAUCGGCCAGAAGAUCGCCGCCACGUUGGCCUCAACCGGCACCCGCAGCCACUUCCUGCAUCCCAGCGAAGCCGUACACGGCGACCUCGGUCGGGUACAUAGCGACGAUGUCGUGCUGCUGCUCUCCAACAGCGGGGAAACCGAAGAAGUCCUCCAACUCCUACCCGCCCUCCGCCGCAUCGACGUAAAGAUAAUCGCUGUGACCGGCAGCGCGUCGAGUUCGAUGGGGCGCGAAGCCACCGUCGUAUUAGAACUCGGCCCCUUGCGCGAAGCCUGCGGUUUGGGGCUCGCCCCCAGCACUAGCACCACCGCCAUGCUGGCUCUCGGCGACGCCUUAGCCCUGGUAACUAGCCACCGCCGGGGGUUCGACUCCAGCGACUUCGCCCUGUUCCAUCCCGGCGGAAGUCUCGGCCGCAAGCUGAGCACCGUCGACGAUCACAUGCGGCCACUCGAUCAAUGCCGCGUGGCCAAAGCCAACCGCACCGUGCGUGAGGUAUUCGUCUCGCUCGGUCAGCCCGGGCGACGCAGCGGAGCCAUUCUGCUGGUCGAUCAAGAAGGUCGGCUGGCCGGCAUCUUCACCGACAGCGACUUGGCCCGAUUGUUCGAAACCCGUCGUGACGAUGCCCUCGACCAGCCCGUGCGAAAAGUAAUGACCGCCAACCCCCGCACAGUGCCCAGCGGUUCGUUGGUCAACGAUGCCGUAGACAUCCUCCGCGAGCGCAAGCUGAGCGAAUUGCCCGUGAUCAACAGCGCCGGCUUCCCGGUGGGGCUGAUCGACAUCACCGACGUGGUAGGACUGGUGUCCGAAGACGCCGCCUGA